AUGAUAUUCAGAAGAAAAAAAAAACAGGAACCGUGUGGAUAACUGACCGAGAGGGCUCCGCUCUUUAUACCAGGAGAAAAUCUGCACAGUCGACCCACUGAUGGGUUGAUUUUUUUUUACAACCAGAAGCUUUGUUUUUUAAAAAAAAAUGCCAUUAUUUCCUAUAUGAGGCAGAUUUGAGUCAGUAAUUCAUUGCUGCUGGUUUGGAGGCGGUUGUCCUGAUGAAGUGUCGGCAGAGGAGGGAGGAGGAAACCAGAGAGAGGAAGGAAACGAGGAUAACGUCACGAAAAGCAGAAUCGGAGUAAAACGGACUGAAUAGUAUUUAAUGGACAGUGCUUGAUGCGGGGACCGAGCUGAAUUGUGUUUGUUUACGUCGCAUUGGACAAAGAUGUUUUUGUUAACUGGUCGGGCGUGAAAAAAAUAUCUCGAGGAGGAAACCAGCAGCAGCAGAUUUCAUCUUUUUUUUCAGGAGGCUCCGCUAAAAGCAGAGAAAUGGAAAUGUGUGUAGCCCUCCUCCGUUUGCCUGUUCGCUGAAGAAGGAAUUUUUUUUUUUUAAACAGCCCUAUAAUCGUGACACACGGAGCUUGACUCAUUUGUUUUUUUUAAAUUAAUGAGUGAAAAAGACAUCUAGUUGAAUAAUCCACGGGAUUUUUGUGUUUGGGGACUUUCAUUUUUUCUUUUGCACGGCAGGAUAAAAAAGCAGCAAAAUCAUCGGGAGAAUUAACAGGACAAAUCCAAAAUGAGUGAGCUGGAGCAGCUUCGUCAGGAGGCCGAGCAGCUUAGGAACCAGAUACGAGAUGCCAGGAAAGCAUGUGGAGAUUCAACCCUGACACAGAUAACGGCUGGUCUGGAUCCUGUGGGGCGGAUCCAGAUGCGGACGAGACGCACCCUCCGGGGUCACCUCGCCAAGAUCUACGCCAUGCACUGGGGCAGCGACUCAAAGCUUCUGGUUAGCGCCUCACAAGAUGGAAAACUGAUCAUCUGGGACAGCUACACUACCAACAAGAUUCACGCCAUCCCCCUGCGCUCCUCCUGGGUGAUGACUUGUGCGUACGCUCCCUCUGGGAACUACGUGGCCUGCGGAGGCCUGGAUAACAUCUGCUCCAUCUACUGCUUGAAGACUCGCGAGGGCAACGUCAGGGUCAGCAGGGAGCUCCCUGGCCACACAGGUUACCUGUCAUGUUGCCGUUUCAUUGACGACAAUCAGAUCAUCACGAGUUCAGGAGACACCACAUGUGCACUGUGGGACAUAGAGACAAGUCAGCAAACCACAGUAUUCUCCGGCCACAGCGGUGAUGUCAUGAGUCUGUCCCUGUCUCCUGACCUCCGCACUUUUGUGUCUGGAGCCUGCGAUGCCUCGGUCAAACUGUGGGACAUCAGGGACAGCAUGUGCCGGCAGACCUUCACGGGCCACGAGUCGGACAUCAAUGCUAUCUGUUUCUUUCCCAACGGCAGCGCCUUCGCCACGGGCUCAGACGACGCCACCUGCAGGCUGUUUGACCUGCGUGCAGACCAGGAGCUCAGCCUCUACUGCCAUGACAACAUCAUCUGUGGCAUCACCUCCGUGGCUUUCUCACGCUCCGGCCGCCUGCUGCUGGCCGGCUACGAUGACUUCAACUGCAACAUCUGGGACGCCAUGAAGGGAGACAGAGCAGGGGUCCUGGCCGGCCAUGACAAUCGUGUGAGCUGUCUGGGCGUGACGGAUGACGGCAUGGCGGUGAGCACCGGGUCCUGGGACAGCUUCCUUAAGAUCUGGAACUGAGCCACGCACAUAAACAGCAAACACACACACACACACACACACACGGCCAACAGACAAACACGGCUCCCAUCUCGGGACACAGUUUGCACCCUGUAUUCACUGUAUGUAAGAUUCAAAAUGCAACAUUGUACUGUACAUAAUAUAUAUUACUUAGGUAUGAGUUUACACACACACACACACACACACACACACACACACACACAUACUCACACACACACACAAACACAUACUCACAAACAUACAAACACACACUACACGCUGUAUGCAGGACAACCUGAAUACACGCCCACGCUACCUACAGGUGAUUUAAGUACAGUACCACACACACACACACACACACACACACACACACACCCUUAUAAUCUGUAAAAUGUUAAAAAAAAAAAGUGACAGUUGAAUCUUCAGCUGCUCAAAUAAAAAAUAAAAAAACACAAACGCCACUAUUACCCGAAGCCUUUUUACACGUCUUAACACACUCAUCGACACAACACACACACACACACACACACACACACACACUUUUUCCUGAGAGACACUGCUCCUCGAGUUAAAACAGGGGGAGAAGACGUUAUUGGACAAUUCUGUCUUUGUUUACAAUGAAGUCCAAAAUGCACUUCAGACAAAUUUUUCUGUACUAUUUUUGUCUCUGUACCACAUGUAUCUCGGUCAAUGCUAAUGUGAAGGAAGAAUGGCUGUGGAGAGAGAAUCAUGUGAGUCCAUUAACACUGAAAAAAUAAAAAAUAAAAAUAACCACUGACAGACAGGAUGAGCAGAUGAUAGACAGGAGUCCAAGGAAAAUAUCAACUCUUAUUAUCAUCUGUAGUCACUGUUUUUAUAGAUAUGUACCCCCACAUACAGUACAUCUGCUCUUAAGUUUUUGUUAUCUUCUUUUUUUCUCUUUUUUUACACUUAUUUUAUUCAUGUUCUCCCUGUGUGCCUCAGAUACACUUUAAGGAUUAUUAAUAGAGAAUAUUGAUAAAGCUAAAUUAACAAAAAAAAAAAGAUCUGAGAAUUCAAAAGGUGGGUGAAGAAAAAAAAAAACGUGAAAGCAUUAUAAGACUUAAUAAAGCAGGAACCAGUAUUCAUACUUUGACUUUGUCAAUGUAUUAUCUGGACAUUACGAUGGUAUAAUUGUACAUAAUAUUAAUAAAUAAUAGCCUCUCCUGCCA